CAUUUAUAAAUGCUUCAGUCUUAGCUCUGUGAAUAUUUCAUCACUUGCAUGCACUACACACACAAAAAUUCCGGGAAAAUAUUUUUGGUACUAUGGGAAAAAGUUCAUUUCAAGAAUCUCUGAAAGCUCUAGAAGCUGAUAUUCAGUAUGCUAAUACACUGGCAUUAAGCCAUCCAAGGGAUAAAGAUGGAGGAUGCUAUCAGAUGAGGCUAUCAUAUAGUCCAGUUGCUCCAAUGUUUAUCUCACUUGUUCAAUGGACUGAUUACCGCCUUGCUGGUGCUCUUGGUUUGCUCAGAAUUUUAAUUUAUGUGACAUAUGGAAAUGGGAAGACUACUAUUUCAAUAUAUGAAAGGAAAGCAAGCAUAAGACAAUUUUAUACUGUAUUAUUUCCUGCUCUAUUGCAACUUCAAAUGGGCAUCACAGAUUUGGAUGAAAGGAAACAGAAAGAAGAAUAUGCUAUUAAAUACCAAAAGAAGAAUGAUUUCAAAGGUUGGAAAGAAUCUGAAAUUGACAUUGAAAGAGAUCAGGAAUGUGGAGUUUGUUUGGAGGUGAAAACAAAAGUUGUUCUGCCUAAUUGUUGCCACCAAAUGUGUUUCAACUGUUACAGAGACUGGUGUCUUAGGUCUCAAUCUUGCCCCUUUUGCCGGGAUAGCUUGGAGAGAGUAAACUCUGGUGACCUUUGGAUUUACACAGACACAAGUGAUAUUGUUGAUGUUGGAACAAUUUUCAAAGAGAAUUGUAAGAUUCUGUUUAUUUACAUAGAAAAUUUGCCUCUAAUUAUUCCAUACCCAAGACAUGUCUCUUAUGAUCCAUUUUUUAGAUAAGGUUUGUCUAUAGGUUUCAAAAUUCUACAUUACCCUUCAAAUUGUACCUGUAAAUCCAUUUUGGACCAUAAUUAAAUUGUAUAUAUUCUAUUGUCUUA